GUGACCAACCAAGAUGGCGGUGCCCACUUCGGCCGAGACGGCAGCCGAAACCUCGGCUCCCGUGUACCUGGUGGUUAGUGGGAUCCCUGCGGGCCUGCGCUCGGCUCAGCUGAGGAACUACUUUAGUCAAUUCCGAGAGCAGCGCGGUGGCCGUGAUGCCGGCUUCCUCUGCUUCCACUAUCGGCACCGACCUGAACGGGCCCUGGCCCCAGAACCGGCCCCGGCCGCCGCAGCCCUGUCCUCUGAUCCAGCUGCGGUUCCCGCUCAGUCUCCGGCCCCAGCCCCUCCUUCCACCUGCUGCUGCGUGAUCUCGGUGCGGGGGCCGGCCCAGGCCGAGCGGCUUCUCCGCAUGUACUCGGGCCGCCCUUGGCUUGAUUCGCAGGGGAACUGGCUUCCCGGACGCUGCCUCAUCCGCAGGCUCCGGCUUCCUGUUCAGGAGGCAGGUGUCGAUCCCUUUCCCUUCAAGACCCGGAAGGAGCUGCAUAGGAGGAGGGCCGGGAGUGAAGCCUUCACCCUGACUGACCUCAGGCAGCUGCCAGAACUGAACCCUCCGGCCCUGAUGCCCAAUGGGAAUGUGGGGACCCCAAUGCGUAUCUUCUUAGAGCUGAUCCGGGCCUGUCGUCUGCCCCCCCGAAUCAUUACCCAGCUGCAGUUACACUUCCCCAAGACGGGCUCCUCCCGGCGAUAUGGCAACGUACCCUUUGAGUAUGAAGACUCAGAGACUGUUGAGCAGGAAGAGCUUGUGUACACCGACCAGGGGGAGGAGAUCCCAGAAACCCCUCAAGGAGCCUGUCCCACACCCAUCACAGCCGGUUCCCAUGGAGGGCCAAAAGAAGACAAAGAAGAAGAGGAAGAGUCUCAUUCGGAUGAUGACAAUGACACGUGUGAGGAGUGGGAGCGGCACGAGGCUUUGCAUGAAGAUGUGACAAACCAGGAGCGCACAGCAGAAAGGCUCUUUGAGCAAGAGAUUGAGCUCAAAUGGGAGAAGGGUGGCUCCGGGCUUGUGUUUUACACAGAUGCUCAAUACUGGCAGGAAGAGGAAGGAGAUUUUGAUGAGCAAACAGCUGAUGACUGGGAUGUGGAUAUGAGUAUAUACUAUGAUCAAGAUGGUGGAGACAAGGAUGCUCGUGACUCAGUCCAGAUGCGCCUGGAACAGAGACUACGAGAUGGACUGGAGGAUGGCUCUGUGGUCGGCCAAGUUGGCACCUUUGAGCGUCAUACAAAGGGUAUUGGAAGAAAAGUGAUGGAGCGACAAGGCUGGGCCGAGGGCCAGGGCCUAGGCAGUAGUUGCUCGGGAGUGGCUGAGGCCCUGGACAACGAUGGGCAGAAUCCCAAGUGUAAACGUGGAUUAGGGUACCAUGGAGAGAAACUGCAGUCUUUUGGACAGCCAAAGAGGCCACGUGGGACCAACCUGGGGCUCAUCUCCACCAUCUAUGAUGAACCCCUUGCUCAGGACCAGGGUGACCUGCUGCUUCGACGCCAGCCACCUACCAGCCUCAAGUUCCGGGCAGAUAUGGCCUUUGUGAGAGGCUCAGGCACAGACAGCUUUUUUCACAACUCAUCAGAGCCCAAGUGACUGGGACAGGAGCUCCACACAUGGUGGUGAGAAUCACAGCAUCUCUCUGACCUUUCUGUUCUUGGAGCCAAAGUGGGUGGCUGCUAGAGAAGAGAGUGGCAUAGAGAGACCUGAGGCCAGCCAGCUUUCUCACUUCUCUUCCUUUCCACAUGCUACCUCGGGGCCAGCGACUUUUCUUUUACAAAGCACUAUUUCUGUUACACUAUUUGGGCCUGGUGGUCUCUCCUUAUGGACUUUAUCUCAAGACCACACCAUUUUGGCCUCCGCUCUAGAGUCCCUAGGACACCAGUGUCCAGUUUGGCAUCGUCUCCUCCUCAGCCCCCUGAAGCCAAGCCUCAUUACUAAGACCAGGCCAUCUCUUCCCUUGAGAUUUCCUGUACCACAAUAAUUGUGCUGACCAGAGGGGAGAGGGCCUUGCAGCCUGGAUCCACUCCACUUGUUCCCUUCUGUGAAGGGCAGCCAGACCCAGAGCAGAAUAAAGUUUAUUUGU